CAAACGACGUCGCUGCACGAUUAACCAACCAAUCGCUAGUGCGGUUGCGCCUGCUUUUGCCUCCUUUGCCUUUGUCUCUUUCCACCACUUUCAGUCCGUACGAAGGAUUCCCUCUUUCCUUCCUUCCUCCGUCCUCCUUCCUUUCCGCCAAAACGGAAACGAAGAAAGAACUUUCCCGUGUUUUCUCCGUUUCCAAACACAAAUUGAAAGAAAGAAGGAUCGCUUCCAUUUCCCAGCUCUGAACAAAUUCCGCCGCUUUUUUUCCCCUAUGGAGAUUGCUUCGUCUCCGAUAAGUUCGUGCUCGAAGGAGCACCAGAAGAUCUAUCAGGAAUGGUUUUCUUACGCUGAUUCAGACGGCGAUGGCCGCAUUACCGGUAAUGAUGCGAUAAAGUUCUUCGCCAUGUCAAACUUGCCGCGGCAAGAUCUCAAGCAGGUGUGGGCGGUUGCAGAUUCUAAGAGACAGGGAUAUCUUGGUUUUGGAGAGUUUGUUGCUGCUAUGCAGCUAGUUUCUCUGGCACAAGCUGGACAUGGGAUAACACACGAUCUAUUGAAUAGCAAUGUGGACUUGGAAAAUUUGAAGCUUCCAGUUAUGGAAGGUUUGGAUGGAUUGCUAGCAAAGAAAAAGCGUUCACAAAAGACAAGCGAGCCCGAUGUAAACGGUGGUUCUAUAGUCGAACAAUCACCUUCGGCGCAGUGGUUUUCUUCAAAGUCAUCAACGAAGGUCUCUCUUUCAUCUGUAACGUCAAUUAUCGAUGGCUUGAAACGACUAUAUAUUAAGAAGCUGAAGCCACUAGAAGCUACUUAUCGGUUUAAUGACUUUGUAUCCCCAGCAUUAACUAAUAGUGAUUUUGAUGCCAAACCCAUGGUUAUGCUUUUGGGUCAAUACUCUACUGGGAAAACAACAUUCAUCAAGCAUUUGCUAAGAAGCAGUUAUCCAGGAGCUCACAUUGGUCCGGAGCCUACAACUGAUAGAUUUGUUGUUGUAAUGUCUGGGCCUGAUGAAAGAAGUAUCCCUGGAAACACUGUUGCUGUCCAAGCGGACAUGCCCUUCAGUGGGCUUACGACGUUUGGGACUGCAUUUUUGUCGAAAUUCGAAUGUUCCCAAAUGCCGCAUCCUCUGCUAGAGCACAUUACAUUUGUGGAUACUCCUGGAGUUUUAUCAGGAGAGAAGCAAAGAACCCAACGGGCCUAUGAUUUUACUGGUGUAACUUCGUGGUUUGCUGCAAAGUGCGACCUUAUUCUACUUUUGUUUGAUCCUCACAAACUUGAUGUUAGUGAUGAAUUUAAACGUGUAAUUUCAUCAUUACGUGGUCAUGAUGACAAGAUUCGUGUAGUGUUGAAUAAGGCUGACCAAAUUGAUACUCAACAACUAAUGAGGGUUUAUGGAGCCUUGAUGUGGUCACUUGGAAAGGUUAUUAAUACUCCUGAAGUCAUGCGUGUUUAUAUUGGCUCAUUCAACGACAAACCAGUAAAUGAAGCUGCCACCGGUCCAAUCGGUAAAGAGCUUUUCGAAAAGGAACAGGAGGAUCUUCUCGCUGAUCUGAAAGAUAUUCCGAAGAAGGCUUGUGAUCGUCGAAUCAAUGAAUUCGUGAAGCGUACUAGAGCUGCUAAGAUACACGCUUACAUUAUCAGCCAUCUAAAGAAAGAGAUGCCUGCUAUGAUGGGCAAAGCCAAGGCUCAACAAAGACUUAUUGAUAACUUGGCAGAUGAAUUUGGAAAGGUCCAAAGGGAGUUUCAUCUACCGCCGGGGGAUUUCCCGAACGUGGAGCAAUUUAGGGAGGUAUUGAGGGGCUACAAUUUUGACAAGUUUGAGAAGUUGAAGCCCAAAAUGAUUCAAGCCGUUGAUGACAUGUUGGGUUAUGACAUCCCUGACCUCUUAAAAAAUUUCAGAAACCCCUAUGAUUAGAGGACCUAAGAAAGCAGUUCCUUUGAAAUAUUUACUGAAAGGAAAAAAGACAGUUCUGCACUUUAGAUUGAAGGAGCUUUGGAUGACGUCAGCUAUGGACUAUGGUUGUAAUAUUUUGAAGAGUGAGGGAUAAGUAAAUAUAUCGAAUUAUUCAUUCUUAAGCUCCAUUUCUGUAUAUUACGACUACUAUAAUUUAUUACUAAGUAUGACAAUCUGCAUUAACUUCUAUCUUUGGCUACAG